UGGCAGAAAGUUCAAAGCUAAUCGUUUUCUUCGGAUUACAAUGUUUUUUUAACUUUUCAGCAUGAAUAUAGGGUUGGGACCUCAAAACCAUGGAAUGCCGGAGCGGCACCCUUGGGCAACUCUCUACAAACCAUUUCUUAUACCCCCCUAAGAAAAUCUACUGGGGGUACUAUAAGACACCUUUAAAUAUCAGACACUAAUAAAGAUAUAGACUUGACAUUUUCAGGAAUUAGUUUAAGUAUGAUGCUUAAUCUGUAUAGUGAAAAUCAAGAAAAAAUCUUAAUCCGUUGCUAUAGCAACAGUAAUAGAUCACUAUUAGUUACCUUAGAAAUGUAUUAUUUUGUGGGUUUUCAGCAUUUUCUUCAUAUUCCUGAUUCUUAAACUAAUUUAAACUAUCUGAAGCACAUAGCAUGAUUAAAGGUGAAGAUAAAAUAAUUCAUCAUAUCAUUUAUGUAAUAUGUCUAACAAUUCAGUUGCUAUGGCAACACCACUUGAUAAUCAGGUUCUUACAUUUCAUUUUCUUUAAUAAGUAUAAAGGUGGUCCAAAAUAACACUUUUUCUAAAGGUAUGUUCUCUAGCUAAAGAAUCUCUUUUAGAAGUAAAUAGUCACUUGAAUUUGUUAAAAAUGUAUAUCUUUCAGUUGUAGAACCCCUCCCCACAGCCCUAACAAUGUGAUGAUUGGUGAAAACUGGCAAAAAAACUUCAUUUUCUAGGUUCAAAUUAAGAAUGCAUUGGGAUGCAACACUUAUUAGUAUUCAAGGAACAUCUACUGACUUUGUCUGAUAUAACAAUAUGAAGAUUUUAAUUAUUAGAUGAUGGGAAGUAUUUUAUUUGAAACAUUUUAGAAUCCUAUCCCAUAAAAAUGUUGAAAAGAGGGUGUGGUCAAUUUUACCAUUUUCCAGCAUUUAAAGUUAGAAAUAAAUACAAACCAAGGCUUUGAAACAUCUUCAAAUGUUAAGUAUAUAGGACACUAUAUUUUAUAUGCUAAUCUUGUAUUUAGUACAAGUCUGAAAUCCAAUGCAAUCAUACAGUGGAGACUAGCAAGGUUUGCAUACAAUCCAGACAUUGGAAUCCUUUACAUCCCAUUCAGCAGAAUCAUUUACAAUUUAGAGCCAGUGUUUUGAAAACUAGCUAAAAUGUUUAUUAUUGAAAACUAGCUAAAAUGUUUAUUAUUGAAAACAACUAAAGAUGGCUUUCCAUUGGUCAACCAAGCAUCAAUAUGCAUUAAGUCUGACCAGGUUUGCCAUUGCUCACAGCUGCAAGUGUAACGUAUGAACAGUUGCCGCCAACAUUUGGUUCUCAACAUUCGUGGUUAGAUUGUCAACUUGCCACUUACUCCAGAAACCACUUACUCAACAUACAAUAUACCAAAGAUGCCACUUCACACGAGCACACUCACUCACCCAAAGAUGCCACCUUACAUGAGCACACUCACUCACCCAAAGAUGCCACCUUACAUGAGCACACUCACUCACCCAAAGAUGCCACCUCACACGAGCACACUCACUCACCCAAAGAUGCCACCUUACACGAGCACACUCACUCACCCAAAGAUGCCACCUUAUACAAACACACUCACUCACCCAAAGAUGCCACCUCAUACAAGCACACUCACUCACCCAAAGAUGCCACCUUACACGAGCACACUCACUCAUCCAAAGAUGCCACCUUACAUGAGCACACUCACUCAUUCAAAGAUGCCACCUUACAUGAGCACACUCACUCACCCAAAGAUGCCACCUUACAUGAGCACACUCAUUCACCCAAAGAUGCCACCUUACAUGAGCACACUCACUCACCCAAAGAUGCCACCUUACAUGAGCACACUCAUUCACCCAAAGAUGCCACCUUACAUGAGCACACUCACUCAUCCAAAGAUGUCACCUUACAUGAGCACACUCAUUCACCCAAAGAUGCCACCUUACAUGAGCACACUCACUCAUCCAAAGAUGUCACCUUACACGAGCACACUCACUCACCCAAAGAUGCCACCUUAUACGAGCACACUCACUCACCCAAAGAUGCCACCUUACAUGAACACACUCACUCAUUCAAAUAUGCCACCUUACACGAGCACACUCACUCACACUAGCUAG